AUGAGCGAACAGCAAAAAUCGCGUCGAUUUUUGAUUCUUGAUUCUCAUUUAACAAAUAUGAUUAUUGCAGGCACUGCUGCGAUUUUUAGCGAACUCCUAUUGGUUGCUAUGUAUCCUGUCGAUGAAUGCACUUCGUCGUCGACCUCAGCAUCUCAUAAACAAUCCAAACCCAAUAGUGGCAUGGCAGCUGCACAAAGUAAUGAUGCUUUGAGUAGAAAGCGUACAGCAGCACGACAGCUUCCACGAAUUAUGUUGCAUCCAAACGCUCCACAAAGCGAUGGUGCAGUGAAUAGUUUAACUACAAAUGAUUACUCGCAAGAGGAUAAUGGAACUGAUGCGAAAAAGCGUUCACGAGAUGUUGGAACACAUGGCGAUUUUACAUUGUCGGAACUGAGUGACAGUCAGUCGAAAAGUCCACUUUGUUACGCUAAGGAUUCGGCAAAAAGAAAUCGGACGUGGCCAGAAGUAAAUAACACCGUGCUCAUCGACAGUGAACAAUAUAUGAAACUCCUGACAAUUGCAAGUCGUCUGAAUGAGGCCAAAAAUUAUUGGAAAUACGAGGAUCUGGAGGAGAUGAGAGAAUUUGUAUUGUCCUCAGGGACGGAAGUAUGUGCGGAUAAUGAUGGUCAGCGUUUUAUGUUUUCAAAUUGGCAGUAUGGUACCCUGCACAGUAAGGUUCAGGCUGGCAAAGUUAAGCUUUCGGAAAGCGAAGCGUUUUCACUGUUUUCAAAAAUUGUCAGAGGAAUUGCUUUUUGUCAUGCCUGCGGGAUUGUUGUACGUGAUGUCAAAUUGCGAAAGUUUGUCUUCACAGAUAAGCAGAUGACACAGCUGAGACUACGAGAUAUAUUUGAUGUUUUUGUUUGCGAGGAUAUCAAAGAUGAUCGAUUACGUGAUAGACAUAGUUGUCCAGCAUAUGUUGCACCUGAAAUAUUGAAGGAUUCUCCCGAAUAUGCCGGUCGCCCGGCUGAUAUUUGGGCGCUAGGAGUUCUGUUCUAUGUUUUAUUAUUCGGAAGUUAUCCUUUCAAUGACACAACACCUCAAAGAUUGUUUUACCGAAUUCUGAAAGCAAAAUUUAAUAUCCCAUCACAGAUUCCGAUAUCGCAGACAGCACGUGCUUUAAUUUUUGGCAUGUUGCGAAAAGAACCGUCAGAGCGUCCCACCGCUGAACAGCUCCUCUAUGUACCAUUGGAAGAACAAUGUUUGGAUGACUCUAAUAUUAUAUCAUUUCGUUCUAUUUUACCAGGUUGGCUGGAAAUACCAUCUCGUAUUGCACUUCUCGGCAUAAUCAGUAACCCAGCUUUUGAAUUCGCACGGCGAAUCAUGAAGAUGAACAACGAAACUGAAGACCAGGUAGUACCAGCUUUCUUGCCUGCAGUGCGUAAAGUUCAACGACAUUUGCAAGUAAUGCGCGACAUCAUGGCUGACUCGUCUUUGGCCACAGCAGUCAUUGAAGAAAAUGACGAUGAAUCGUCUUUCUCUUCCUCUUUUUUAUAUUCUGGUCCUGUUAUUGCUACCACCACAAUUGCUAGUAAUGCAGCUUCUGCUACACAUAGAACAACAUAG